CCCCUUUCCACUCCUCGCCUCUUGAGCCUCUUUUCUUUCGUCCUUUCCUCUCAUUUGCCUUCUACUCAACCACUUCAUCUUCACUAUGUCUGCCAUUCGUGCUCUCAACCGCCUUCCCCUUGCUCGCCUCUCCGCUGUUGCUCGCCCUGCGCGCGCUGCCCCCUUCCGUGCUGCGUUCCCUCGCAGCCUCGGCGUCAGCAGCCUCGCUAUGAGGGGUUUCGCAAGCUCGGCUCGUCGUGGCUCGGACACCCUCCUUGCUCAAAAGCUCGCUGAUGAACUCAAGUUCGAGCGCGGCGCGAUCGCCGAGGCAGAGGACACUCCAGAGUUCCUCACGAAGUUCAAGACUGAGAGCGGCUGGUCUGUUGAGGAUGUCGCGGGCAAUGAUGAGGUUACCCUGACGCGUCAGCAUGACGGCGAGACUCUCCGUCUCAUGUUCUCCAUUGCCGACAUCCAGCAAGCCGAGACCCCCGAAGAGAUGGACGAGGAGAUGGGCGACGCCCCCACGCCCGCCGUUGCCUUCCCCAUCCGUGCCUCGCUCGCGGUGACGAAGAAGAAUGCUCAAGGCUCGCUCAACAUCGAUACCGUCUGCCAGCAGGGCACCUUCCUGAUUGACAACAUCUCUUUCUACCCCGACGGCAAGCUCGGUACGGAUCUCACCGCCGAGGCUGACUGGCGUCGCCGUGGCCUGUACAUUGGCCCCAGCUUCGACACGCUCGACGCUGGUGUGCAGGAGGAGGUCGAGAAGUGGCUCGCGGCGCGCGGCGUUGAUGAGACCAUGGCCUCGUUUAUUCCUGAGUAUGCCGAGUUCAAGGAGCAAAAGGAGUACGUCCAGUGGCUGGAUAAUGUCAAGAAAUUUAUUGAGGCCUAAGCGCAUACAUGCCUCUGACGUUGUCCUGAUGCUCGCUUGCUUUGAUUCACCAUGUUUUGCUUUUAUCAAUACGUAGACUAUACACAUAUGCUUUGUUUAUUGACAUACACCCCCCUCACUCGGUAUAAUGACAUUAAUGAUCCAC